CUCCCUCUUCCUUUCCCUCUACGCUUCACUCUCUCUCUCUCCGUCAGUUUGAUCCUCAAAACAACGUCGCCGUCCCGGGUUUCUCCAAGCUUUCUUCUAAGCGCUGGGGCUGGCUGACCUUCAAGUUGUCUCCCUCGUCACUCAUGGCCACCCCCGACUACGAUCUCUCCCUUUACCAGCCUACGGAGAUGACCAAAAAGAAGCCUACUGGGAAGCAGAAGAGAAAGGAGCUUGAAAGGGAGGUUUCUACUCUUCAAAAACUGUUGCGUAAUGAAAGAAAGGUACAUGAGAUUUUGGAGAAUGUACAUAAUCGAAAAGAUGGUUCCCCAAUUUACAUACCUAACUUCCUUCCUCCUAAGAUGAAGGAGCUUUUAGCUGAAAUAGCCAUGGUUGAGGGGGAGAUAGCUCGCCUACAAAGCCAAAUAAGAGAACUUCAAAAUAGUUUGGAUAAAGAAAAGGAAGUCACUAGAAAAUCCAAAAACAAACAAGGGCAGUUUGAGACGAGCAUAAGUGGUCCGUAUUGCCUUUUACCGAGUCCACCAAUCGCAAUCCCCCCCAAGAAAGGAACUAGUACUCCUGAAAGAUUGUCAUUUGAGACAAAGGCAUUGCAUUUCAUUACUAAAGCUAUAAAAGGGGACUAUAAUCUCAAUAAUUUCAGUAUAAAUAACAAAAUCGGAAGCCCAAGAGAAUUAUCUGAACAUAAGGAAAAUCGUUUCCGUGAAGAGGUUGGAUUUCUAGAGAAGGUUCCAAGAAAAAGUGGGCUAUUGAAGCCACCCUCACCCCUGCGAGACCCACGGCAUCCAACCCCAAGGCCAAGAGAACGUAGCUCAGAGCUCUUCUCUGACCUCCCACUAAAACCUGUGUCUCAAUCAAUCCAGCCAGAGGAGAUCAGCCAGAAGUGGCAGCCAAACAAGCUAUCCGAGAGUAUCAUGAAGUGUUUGCUCUUCAUAUUUGUGAGACUGAUCAGAACCUCUAGAACAAUGGAACUGGAGAAAUCAGGCCCUAUUUCCAGGUCAAUCCAUUUCUCUUUAAGCUCAGUAAGCUUUAGGGUCGAUCCCAGCUUAAACCCAAAGGCGAGCCCCCUGCCACAGAAGGACUCAAGACAACAAGAUCCAUAUGGUAUCUUUGAUAUCGAAGAAUCUAUUCCAAGGGACAUUGGCCCCUACAAGAAUCUGGUUAGAUUCACAUCAAGCUCCUUGGACCCCAAAUGCAUCUCAAAUUCGAGUUCCAUUCCUUUGCUACAAAAGUUAAGGGUCUUAAUGAACAAUCUCCAGAAGGUGGACUCGAGAAGCUUGACUUAUGAACAGAAACUAGCAUUCUGGAUCAACAUGUACAAUGCUUGUAUCAUGCAUGGAUUUCUCCAAUAUGGGGUGCCUUCUAGUCCGGAAAAGCUGAUUACAUUGAUGAACAAGGCAACCCUCAAUAUAGGAGGCAACAUAGUAAAUGCUCAAGCUAUAGAGCAUUUUAUUUUGAGGAAACAAGCAACUUCUGUGAUAAGAGGGGCUUACUGGAAGGGAGAAAAGGACGAUAAAGAAGCCAUCAUUCGCGAGCUUUAUGGGGUCCAACCAUUCAAUCCUAAUGUCACAUUUGCUCUGUGUUGUGGAACCCGUUCUUCUCCAGCCGUGAAAAUAUACACAGCUGAAGGUGUGGUGGCUGAGUUGGAGAGGUCGAAACUAGAAUACCUGCAAGCUUCAAUUGUGGUAGCCAGCACAAAAAGGAUUGCAGUCCCAGAGCUGCUGUUUCGAAACAUGCUUGAUUUUGCACAAGACGCGGACUCAUUGGUCAAGUGGGUUGCAAACCAGUUGCCUACAUCCGGGUCAUUAAGGAAGUCGAUGGUGGAUUUAUACAGAAGCCAUAACAUUGGAAAGCUACCUAACAGCAUUGACAACAUUCCAUAUGAGUAUGAGUUUCAGUAUCUGUUGUCCGUGUAAACUUCCCCAUCAUCUUCAAGCAUAUGCCUAAUAUGUUAUAUUUUGCUAAGUGACAAAAGAAACGAGGAGGAAUUGUUUCCCUCAUUUGUUAGUUGUUUGAGUAUGAUACUUGCUCAAGUUUCUU